ACGCACACACACACCCUCGCGUAUAAACGCCGUCAUCUCUCUUUAAACCCACAGUCCGUCUUUGGGCACAACAUCCUCGUCUUUCCUCAUGCGAGCACAGCUGUCAUUAGCGAUCGGACGCACCAUACGCUAUACGCGCUUAAGCACACGGUUCGGUUCGGACAUGAUACCCGCGCGGAUCCGGAGAUGAGGAUCAGAAAUGGCACCUUCCUAACAGUCUUACUAUUCGGCUUAUGUGGGCUAAUAUCGUUAUCCUGGUACACAGCAUUCAGCAAUUCAAAAGGUAAUGUAGUUGACAUUUACCAGAGGGAAUUUCUGGCUCUUAGAGACCGUCUCCACUCUGCGGAACAAGAGAACCUUAAACGCUCCAAAGAGCUCAAUCUGGUGCUGGAUGAGAUCAAGCGAGCCAUCGCUGAGAAACAAGCAUUGCGGGACAUCAACCGUACCUGGAGCAGUCUGUCGGAUGAGACCAAGCUAAAGUUGUGGAACGUGACCAGCAGUAAGAAUAUUCUGCAGCUUCCCAGCAUCUUCCAUCAUCUGCCACACCUACCUGCCAAGGAGACCAGCCUUCAGCCAGCUGUGCACAUCGGCCAGGGCCGCACAGGAGUGUCAAUAGUGAUGGGGGUGCCCAGUGUAAAGAGGGAGGUGCAUUCCUACCUGGCAGAUACACUGAAUUCACUGAUGUCAGAGUUAAGUCCAACUGAGAAAGAGGACUCAGUCAUCGUUGUCUUCAUUGCAGAGACAGAUCAACAGUAUGCAAAUGGUGUAGCUGACAACCUUAAGCGCCUGUUUCCAGGGGAGAUUCAAUCCGGGCUGCUCGAGAUAAUCUCUCCUUCCAUCCAUUUUUAUCCAGACUUCUCUCACCUCAAAGAGUCAUUUGGUGACCCUAAAGAACGAGUCAGGUGGCGGACAAAGCAAAAUUUGGAUUACAGCUUUCUGAUGAUGUAUGCCCAGACCAAAGGGACAUAUUAUGUACAGCUAGAGGAUGACAUUGUCGCACGCCCAAAUUACUUCACAACAAUGAAGAACUUUGCCCUGCAGCAGCCAUCAGAGGAGUGGAUGAUUCUUGAGUUCUCCCAGCUGGGCUUCAUUGGUAAAAUGUUUAAAUCAUUGGACUUGCCACUGAUUGUGGAGUUUAUUCUAAUGUUCUACAAAGACAAACCCAUUGAUUGGCUGCUGGACCACAUCAUGUGGGUGAAAGUGUGCAACCCAGAAAAAGAUGCGAAACAUUGUGAUAGACAGAAGGCAAACCUGCGCAUCCGCUUUAAGCCGUCUCUCUUUCAACAUGUCGGAACACACUCUUCCCUCGCUGGAAAGAUCCAGAAACUCAAGGACAAGGAUUUCGGAAAGCAGACGCUACAUAAAGGUCAUGCUAAUCCUCUAGCUGAGGUCACCACCAGUCUGAAAACCUACCAGCACUUCACGCUGGAGAAGGCCUAUCUGGGAGAAGACUUCUUUUGGGCCUUUACACCUGUGGCUGGAGACUUUAUACGCAUCCGAUUCUUUACACCUGUCCGUGUAGAGAGGUAUUUCUUCCGCAGUGGAAACAUUGAGCACCCUGGAGACAAGCUGUUCAACACAACAGUGGAGGUUCUUCCAUUCGAUAAUUUUCAGUCAGAGAAGGAGGCAUUAAAGGAGGGACGAGAGAUGAUGCCAAAGUUACAGCGCACAGAAGAUGGCUUCAUCAGAAUAGGGAAGUUUGAGAAUGGUAUAGCAGAGGGGGAGGUGGAUGCUUCCUUCGGCCCACUGGAGGCUCUGCGGCUAUCAGUUCUGACAGACUCUCCUGUAUGGGUGAUUCUCAGCGAGAUUUUUAUCAAGAAAACAGAGUGAUGGAUGUUCAACAAUACCUCAUGAUUUCAGCAGACUAACUGGUGCAGCAUGGAGUCUGCUCCGUCAGUGCCUCUACAUGAGCUCUAGUCAUGAGUUUCUAUUGCAGUAUAAAGUAAUAAUGUUAACUGCUGUUGACAAGCAGGGUAGAGAAUAUUGCCGCUAUUGGCUGCUUAGGAGCUUCCACAAAGAAAAACAGCUUGUGUGGUCAGAACUGACAUAUGAAAGACUGAUGUUGUAUUUUGUAAACUGUUUAUAUGUAAACAUGCCCAUGGCUUGUUUUAUGUAAUUACAGAUGUAAAUCCAACAAGUGCUGCUUUUGGAGAACUUAAUUUCCUAUCCUCUAUUCUCAAAGUAAAAUUUGUGUUUAUAAACUUACAAAUAAUUCUGUUAAGGUUA